ACAACUAUAUUUACAGAUUGUAUCAGUUGUUGAUGCUGCAUUUUUAUCUUAGCUUUUCUAUCAAGUAUCAUCAACACCAGUGAUCAGCUAGGGCAAGAGGAUCAUGGAAAAUGGAUCUCACCCAUUCUACUUUUAUCUCACUAUGUACAAAGAUCAGAAGAAUUUCAGAUACAUUUAUUUCACCUUGGUAUUGAUAUUAUACCUUGUUAUUCUUUCUAUGAAUACACUGAUUAUACUGGUCAUAUUUCUUGAAAGAGCGUUACAUCAGCCUAUGUAUAUAUUAAUUGCUUGUCUGUCAGUCAACUCUCUUUAUGGUUCCACUGGUUUGCUUCCAAAGAUGUUAGCUGAUCUUCUCUUAGACACUCAUGCAGUAUCUCGUCCUGCAUGUUUCAUACAGACUUUAGUAAUCCUCACAUACGGGGCGUAUGAAUUUACUAUUUUAACACUAAUGGCUUAUGAUCGGCAUGUAGCAAUUUGUGAACCCCUGAAAUAUCACAGUAUCAUGACGACAAGGACACUUGCCAUCAUGGUUGCUGUUGCUUUUCUAUAUCCAUUGUGUGCAAUUGGUUCCAAUGUUAGCCUAGCCUUUCAGUUACCUUUAUGUGGUAACGAGUUAAGAAAACUGUAUUGUAGUAACUGGUCUGUUGUUCAGCUUUCUUGUAUUCAAACUACAAUGAACAAUAUAGUUGGAAUUACCAUCACCGUAGUAACAGUUUUUCUUCCAUUGUUUUUUAUUUUGUAUUCCUAUAUUAAAAUUCUUGUUAUUUGUCAAAGGAGCUCCUCAGAGUUCAAAAGAAAAGCCUUGCACACAUGUCUUCCACACAUUGUGACUUUUGUAAAUUACUCAAUAGCUGUUUUCUGUGAAAUCAUUUUUAGUCGUUAUGAACUUCCAGAUGUGGUGGCUGUGAUCCUAUCUCUGGAAUUCCUUAUUAUACCGCCGGUUUUAAAUCCCCUUGUUUAUGGGUUUAAUUUUCCAGAAAUACACAGAAGAAUCUUGCUUCUCUUAACAUCCACCAAAAUAUCAAUGACUUCUAAAUGA